AUGAGCACUGCUGCUACCUCCACCGCUGGCUCGGCCAGUGCCGCCGCUGCCAAUGACAAGAGCGGAAAGCACGAUGACAUGGCCGCUGCUCGUCGCUUCCUCGAAUACGUCGAUGCCAGCCCCACUCCCUUCCACGCUGUAGCCACCACCUCGGCCAUGCUCGAUGCAGCCGGAUUCGAGCGAGUCAAGGAGAACGAGCUUUGGGACAACAAGGUCAAGCGAGGCGGCAAGUACUACUUCACUCGCAACCAGUCUGCUAUUGUUGCUUUUGCUGUCGGUGCCAAGUACGAGCCUGGCAACGGUGUUCACAUCGUCGGUGCCCACACUGACUCGCCCAACUUCCAGAUCAAGCCUGUUUCGCGCAAGGCCAAGGAAGGGUACCUCCAGUGCGGUGUCGAAACCUACGGUGGCGGUAUCUGGGCUUCGUGGUUUGACCGUGAUCUUGGUGUUGCAGGUCGCGUCAUUGUGUCUGACUCCAAGAAGCAUGAUGCCUUCACUGGUAAGCUUGUUCACAUCAAGCGACCCAUCCUCCGAAUUCCCACCCUUGCUAUUCACCUCAACCGCACGGUCAACGAAGCUUUCAAGUUCAACGUUGAGGACAACACCGUGCCCAUUCUCGGUCUUGCAACUGAGCAGCUCAACAAGCGCGCUGAUGAGGCUGCCAAGGUGACACCACAGGCAGUUGGAUCUCCCGUCAUGGCCGAGAAGCACCACCCUGUCCUUCUUGACUUGCUCGCUGCGGAGCUCGGCAUCUCUGUCGAACAGAUCCAGGACUUUGAGCUGAGCCUUUACGACACACAGCCUGCCUCGAUCGGUGGCAUCAACAACGAGUUCAUCCACUCGCCAAGGCUCGACAAUCAGAUGUCCUGCUUCUGCGCUACAGAGGCUCUCAUCGACUCGCUUUCAUCCGCCGACUCGCUCAACGUUUCUUCGUCGAUUCGUGCCAUCGCUCUUUUCGACAAUGAGGAGGUCGGAUCCGUCUCUACACACGGUGCAGAGUCCAACAUGCUCCCCAGUCUCAUUCAGCGACUUGUGGCUCUUCCGGUCUCGUCCUCGUCGGUAUCGACACCUGCUGCUUCCAACGUCUACGAGCAGGCCAUCGCUCGCUCCUUCCUGCUCUCCUCGGACAUGGCCCACGGAUUCCACCCCAACUAUCCUUCCUACUACGAGGAGAACCACCGACCCAAGAUCAACCAGGGUCCCGUCAUCAAGACCAACGUCAAGCAGAGGUAUGCCACCACUGGUCCCACUGCUUUCCUCAUUCGACGCAUUGCUCAGCGUGCCCAGGUUCCGCUCCAGUCGUUCGUCGUUAAGAACGACAUGCCCUGUGGCUCCACCAUCGGUCCUAUGUUAAGCAAGCUCGGCAUCCGAACGCUCGACCUUGGCAACCCUCAGCUGUCCAUGCACUCGAUCCGCGAGACCUGUGGUACCAAAGACGUCGAGUACAAGAUCCAGCUUUUCAAACACUUUUUCGACUCCUUUGAGCAGGUCGAUGCUCAGCUCACCAUCGAUUGA